UCACAGGGCAGCAGUUUGUGAUCGUGGUGGAACAUCCACCCUCGCUGUUGAGCUGACGGCGCAAAAACGAUCACUCUGCGGGAUGGUCUUCCAAUUGGGUGUCCCACUGCUGUGCAUGGUUGUUGGUGGCAGCGUUGUGCCAUAUCGCAGGCAAUAUGCCACCUCUGCCUGCUCUGGCCGAACCACAGGCAUCUCGUGAGCUUGAUUGAUCCACUUUUGGACCUUUUCCAGGCAUAGCAUGUCCAGUAUUUGAGCCUGAGCCAUUUGCUUCUGAUGCUUUAGAGGUUCUUGCAUCAUAUGAUAUGUAAAAGACAAAAGGGCUCCCCAUUCAAACCACGGUGAUACAGUGGCUUGGGUUGGGCAAUUUCUGGUUUCGUCUCUACGGGCAACAUCGUCUACAUUUGAUUACUGAAUUGAUUGGUUUCAGAACAAGAAUCACCUGGUCGCUCGCUGUUGUUGAUAACGCCUUUUUUUUGUGGUUUUCUGAAGUGAGACCGUUGCCGAAAUCGAAUCACCCGUUGAUCUUCAAGUCCCGCGGCAAACUGAGGAUACAACUUCAACCAGAAUUUCGAAUGCGUCCCGCCCGGCAACUUCAUGGGUGAGGAUUGGGUGAAGGCAUAUUGCUCCGAGGUCGGUGGGAACGUCACCUUUGAGCACUACGACACUGCAGAUUGUGCAGGCGAACCCCGCCACACCGGAGUCUUUCCUUCGGGGUGCAAUCUCUGCUCGGAUCCAGAAUACACGUGUUAUGGCGGUGGCCUGCAGAGUCUCCAAAUCUCCUGUAGGAGUGCAGCGGUUGCAGCUGCAGCCAUGACACCGAGGAUUGCAACGUUCAUCCUGAGCAUCAUUGUCAAUCUACUUCAAUCUACUUUGAUUGCUUGAAUAUGGGCGUGUACCUGUUUCACCGUUUCAACUGGACCUGAACUGCUAUCACGGCUGCGAAGCGGGCGUGAAGAGUGAAAUUUGCUUUCAGGUCAUCUGGAAUCCCUGUGUAGCAAUACCCAUGUCAGGUCAGGAAA